AUGCGUUGUUUGAAUCUUGUGUGCCUCUUGGCCAUUGCCGCCCAUGUCACUGCUGCCUCGUCUCAAUCAAACUCGAACGGCGUGGCUUCAAAAUCACCCAAGGCUAAUUCCAAUGCCAACUCCAAGGCAAAGGCAAUUCCAACCACCACUACCACCUCAGACUUUGUUGCUGACUUGAUCAGUAACAUGUUUAAUGGUGCAAGUGAUGCCCCAAGUAGUACUGUGGAUGCGGGAACUACUCCAACCACCACUGCCAGCCCCACGACGAACAACAAGCCUGUGGAAAGCACCACUCCAAAGGAGACUACCAGCGCUGUAGAUGCAACUACAUCUGAGACACCCACAACCACUACCCCAAAGGAAACCACCACUCCAGCUGAGACCACCACCGUGGUACAAGUAUCGGCAACAUCAUAGUAAUAAUCGAACGAUAACUAUAUUUCUGGAUGUAGAUGUAAAUGAAACAGCAAGACGUAAGAGAAAUGAUAUGAGGAAAUGUUUGUUGAUCCUCGAUGCAUUACCACAAUAUCAGAUAAAUCUUUAUGUAUUCACCCCCAAAGGAAACCACCACUCCAGCUGAAAGUACUACCACUCCAGCUGAGACCACCACCAGUCCAAAGGAAACCACCACUCCAGCUGAAAGUACUACCACUCCAGCUGAGACCACUACCAGCCCAAAGGAAACCACCACUCCAGCUGAAAGUACUACCACUCCAGCUGAAACCACCACCACUCCAGCUGAAAGCACUACUACUCCAGCUGAAAGUACUACCACUCCAGCGGAAAGCACUACUGCCAAAGCUAAGGAAUCUACUACCAUGGAUCCCGUAGAAGCCCCAUCAUCAUCUACUACCAAGACUCCUGAUUCAUCUGCCGCACCUGUAGAAUCUACCACUAGUCCAACAGAAGCUUCUUCUUCUGCUACAUUGGCAACACCUUCUACUGCAGUACCGGAAUCUUCUACUCAGACAACUGAUGCUUCUUCUACCACUCCUGGAACAACCCAAACAUCUGAAACUUCGAGUUCAGAAGCAACACCAUCUUUGGUUUCACCUUCUACUUCUAGUGACCCUGUCACCAGUUCUACUGAGUCAACUUCAGCGACAGAGGAAUCAUCCACUACCCCAACUACUCUGGUGGUAGAACCAACCACGUCUUCUUUGGAUGAGUCAACCACUUCUCCAGUACCAACUCCAACUACAACUGACGAAACUACAGCAACCCCAAGUGUAUCCACUGUUCCAACUCCAAUUACAGAGUCAUCGUCACCAAAGGAAACGCAACCAACUGCCACUCCUUCGGAUGUAACUCCAGUUGAAUCAUCAACCCCAACCGACACUACUCCAACCGCCACUGUCACCCCAUCUGUAGUACCUCCCGUCGAAUCUUCUGUUGAGAGCGACACUACUACCCCAACCGACACUGUCACUCCUUCAGUAGUACCACCAACUGAGUCAACCGUCCCUACCGACACGGCUACUCCUUCAGUGGUACCACCAACUGAAUCAACCCUCCCUACCGACACGGCUACUCCUUCAGUAGUACCACCAACUGAGUCAACCGUCCCAACCGACACGGCUACUCCUUCAGUAGUACCACCAACUGAGUCAACCGUCCCUACCGACACGGCUACUCCUUCAGUGGUACCACCAACUGAAUCAACUGUCCCUACCGACACGGCUACUCCUUCAGUAGUACCACCAACUGAAUCAACCGUCCCUACCGACACGGCUACUCCUUCAGUAGUACCUCCAGUUGAAUCAACCACCCCAAGUGAUACCGUUGCUCCAACAGAUACCGUUACUCCUUCUGUAGUACCUCCAGUCGAAUCAACUACUUCAGCACUUCCAACUGAAACUCCUACCGAAAGUCCAUCGGCUGUUCCUGUAUCCACUGUCCCAACAGACACAUCUGAUACCGUUGUUCCAUCUUUGCCACCUACUGAUUCAGGUGUUCCAUCGGCCGUAGUACCAACAACUGCCACUCCUUCAACCGUAUUGCCAGAUACUUCUGCUGUUGCUCCAUCAUCUGCUCCAGUUGCAUCUGAAGUCGUUACUACACCAUCUGGCGCUGCAGCUUCUGAAACUACCACACCAGCUGCUGCAUCUGCAACUUCUGAAACUCCAGCUGCUGUAUCUGAAGUGACUACUGGCUCUACACCAGCCGCUGCUUCUGAAGCUACUACUACUACUUCGCAAGCUGCAGCUGUUAAUUCCGAAGUCGGAGCUACCACUUCACAAGGAGCUGUCACUUCUGAAGGUGCCGCAGUUGACUCAGCAGCAACCACAGCUACUUCAGAAGCUGCUGCUGCUGCUUCCGAGGUUACCACUGCUCCUCCUGACGGGUUGACUACUGCUGUCCCAUCAUCUGCUGCAGGUAAUCCAGCUGGCUCUAAGACAACAACCUCCAACUGGUUACCAACUGGUUUGAUUGUCCAGACUGAAACUGAAGCUUCUUCAACUUCUGGCGCCACUGGUAUUGCAGUUGCUUCAACCACCUCUUUCGCCACUGCGACUGCUGGAUUGCCAAGAGCAAUUACCCCAGCCACCACUGUGGCCCCACCAGAAAACUAUUCCAUUGUCUCUAUUGGUUUUAAGUCUCCUUUGAACUAUCAAUUUGUUGUUCUUCAUGCAUUAUCAUCUGCCCAAAUUUUCCAAUAUUUGCCAGGUGUUUUGACAUUCCCAUUCACCAAUUCUGAUGAGUACAAUUCAGUUUCAGUUCAAAAGUUGGUUCCUUACAAGGAUGAGAGUGGUACAUAUAUUACUGUUGCUCGUGUUUAUUUCCCAGCUGAUUCGGUUGGAGCUUUGCAAAACUUUAUUCAGAACACUAAUUCGAAGUUGUACCGCAAUGAAGAUCCUACUGAAAACAGUUUGGCUGCCUUAAUCGACAGUCGUAUCUCAUUAACAUUGGACGUUUCCAAUACUUCAGACACUGACAGUGGCAGUUCCUCCAGCAACACCAACUACGGUUCCAUGGACAGUAGUCCUAAUGCAACUAUUCAAAACAAGGGUAGAAUCGCAGGUAUUACUGUUGGUGCUGCCGCUGGAUGUGCAUUCUACAUGGGAUUAAUGGUUCUUUUAUUCAAGAGAUUUAAGAAGAAUGGUAUUGAAUUGCCACCUUCCGACAGUGAAAGUAACGUUGGUAUGGACUCUCAAACCGCUAGCGGUUUAUCCGGAAUCUUCAAUAGAUUUACUGACGCUUCUUCUACCGAAGGAAUUGGAAACGGUAGCGGCAGUGGCGGAGGAUCUAAUGGGCGAAGUGUCCAAAUAUCAGAUCCCGUUAAUGCAUCCAAUUCCUUAGGUUGGGCUAGAUAA